CUCGAUCCCUUUCCUUUUUACUUUGCAACAAUCAGUUUUCGGAGCAUUUCUUCCGCACUUCUUUCUUGCACUAUAAUCUAUUAGUCGCGUAAAACUUCCAGCUCACACUCAGUGCUGUUUCAGCAGUUCGUAAAAAUGGCUGUUUUUCGGUUGACGUGUUUGUCAACUUUCCUUCUGCUGGCGACAGCAGCCAUCGUCGGUUCGAGCCUACCAGGUGUGAACGGAAAUACCCACUUGGUGCACAGACGCUUCGAGUAUAAGUAUUCGUUCAAACCACCCUAUCUGGCGCAGAAGGACGGAACCGUUCCGUUCUGGGAGUACGGUGGCAAUGCAAUCGCCAGCUCUGAGAACGUUCGAAUUGCGCCUUCUCUGCGCAGCCAAAAGGGUGCGAUUUGGACGAAGCAUAAAACCUCCUUCGACUGGUGGGAGGUGGACAUAGUUUUCCGGGUUUCCGGUCGGGGUCGAAUCGGUGCCGAUGGGUUAGCCUUCUGGUACACCGCGGAGAAGGGUGACUACAAUGGUGACGUGUUUGGGUCCUCCGAUCAGUGGGUUGGUCUCGCUAUCUUCUUCGAUUCGUUCGACAAUGACAAUAAGCACAACAACCCAUACAUCUCGGCUGUGUUGAACGACGGCACGAAGAAGUUUGAUCAUCAGAAUGACGGCUCCACUCAGCUGCUAUCCGGUUGUCUGCGAGAUUUCCGUAACAAACCGUUCCCGACACGUGCCAAAAUUGAGUACUACAACAACAUCCUCACGGUGCUUUUCCACAACGGAAUGACCAAUAAUGAUCAGGACUACGAAAUGUGCUUCCGUGCGGAGAAUGUGGUGCUGCCGAAAACUGGUCACUUUGGUAUUUCUGCCGCUACCGGUGGAUUAGCGGACGAUCACGACGUGUUCCAUUUCCUCACAACUUCGCUGCACAUUCCCGGGCAAAUCAAGGAAGAAGUGCCCCAUGAUCAAGAUCAAGCCAAACUAACGCAAGAAUAUCAGGACUACCAGAAAAAGUUGGAACUGCAAAAGGAGGAAUAUCGCAAAGAACAUCCCGAUGAGAACAAAGAAGAUCUAGACAACUGGUUCGAAGAUUACAACGCCCGGGAGCUACGGCAAAUCUGGGAAGCUCAGACCGCAACCCACGAGCAGUUGAGAACGCUCGGCACAAAGCUGGAUGAGGUUAUCGGUCGUCAGGAGCGUACCCUCGGUCUACUGUCGGUUCAGGGUGGUACCGGUGUACCUCCACCUCAGCAUGCCGGAGCACCCCAAAUCGGGGCUGGAGCUGGAGCCGGAGUUCAGCGACAUGAAAUAGAGGUGAUGGUGCAGAAUCAGAAUAUAAUGGUUCAAACUGUACGCGAAAUUCGUUCUAUCAUUGGUGAAGUUCAUGGCAGGGCCGAGUCCAUACUGAAAAACCAGGCACAGGCACCGACUGCACAAAUUCAGGGUGGCGGCUACGAUAUGCAGAGCCUGAUGCACGAAAUGCGUGACGGUAUGAACCAGGUAAAGCAGGGAAUGGCGAGCGUUUCCCAGAGACUCCAACAACCUCUAGCCCAGGCCGGUGUAGCCUGUCCCACUCAGAACUGCCUCAAUAUGACGGCUUUCCUGGUGACGAUUGUUGUGCACUUGUUAGUGAUACUAGGCUACAAUAUUUACAGAGACAGUAAGGAUGCGCAAGCGAAAAAGUUCUACUAAACGGGAGCCUACCCAUCAACCACUAGUUGAUACGAGACAAACAAGACGAGAGAGCGAGUGUGUGUGAAAACAAUACAUAUAGGUGUCAAAUCUUUGCUGAUACUAGCGCAAUAUACAGACUGUUUAUCCAACUAAUCGAUGCAACCAACCAACCAACCGUACAGUACAGUUUCAUUGUGAUUACGAUUAUUAUUAUUUACUGCAUGUUAUAGAAAGCUUCUACUUUGGAUUAUAAAAUUGCAUUAGAAAGAAGCAACUUUUGUUCAAAACAACAAUUUCAGAAGGAUUGGAACGUACAAUUGUUUGUAGCAAAUAGGAUAGUUAGGUAACACCACGCAAAACUAGCGGUAACCGAUAGGUAAGAGUCGGCGCGUAUAGAGCAUUUAUUACUUAAUCGCACAACAGCGAAAUUUGAUAUCCUUGUAUCCUGGCAUGUUGAGCAUAGUAUCGCGAUAGUUCUACACAUCUUCUGUUGAACUGUCUACUUAUUGAACCGAUUGAGGUUGAUUUUUUGGUUGUUUCUCAUAUAGUCACUGUAAUGUUGCAUCCAGUCACUUCAAGAGUGACUCGAUAUACCUGCGGCAAGAAACAUUGCAUCUUUGCGCAAUACAGCAGAUAUGUACGACGUUGCGUCUCGGCGUUGUCUUGCAACACCUUUUUUUUUUCAUUAUUUUGUUCUUUUGAAGAAUGUUUUUUUCGGUGUAUGUAAAUGUGUAUUAUGUUCGUGUAUUUAAUUCACAAGAGCGAGAAUUAUUUAAAAAUAAACAAAGUUUAUUAAAAAAUGUAA